AUGGCACAACGGAUACAGAGCCGGCGUGUCUCCAAUGCCCUCCUCCCCUAUCUCACAUCCUCUCAAUCCUCCUCCACAUCCUCCAUCUCAUCCACAUGCCCUUCAUCACAACUCUUCUCCCGUCAGUUCUCCGCGACGGCGGCUCCACAGACCAAGCUUCGUCGGCAAAUGUUCCAAUGGCUCUCUACCGAGGGAGCUACAUUGAAGCAUCACAUCCCUGGCGAAACAAACUACCUGUCAGGCCGGGCAGAACGUGAUGGCGAUAGUAACGAGGCGCCGCGCCCGUUCCCGGGUAACCGGAACUUCCUUAGCGAGACUGUCCUCAGCGAGGAGCUGCGGAAUGAGGUCUACGUGCGGGUCGUCGAGAAGAAGAAGAGUUUGCGUGCUGUAAGUGUCGAGCUUGGUAUCGAUAUGAAACGCAUUGCGGCUGUAGUGCGGUUGGUGGAGAUGGAGAGGAGACAACGAGCACAGGGCAAACCCCUCGCAUUGCCAUAUGCUCGUGCGGUCCAUGAAAUGAUCCCGACCACCCCGCUUGCCCAGGAAGGCGAGCGCCAACCCUUCCACGAACCUAUUAACGAUCUUCCCGCCCACCCUUCCACCGGCGCCCAGAUCUUCUACCCCGUGCCCGAGUCACGAUCAUUCACUCGUGUCGACGCCGGUCGCGUCUUCUCCGGCGCUCCAACAUUGGAAAAGGCGGUUGCCGACAAGAUCUCCCACCCCUCAGACCUGGUCGACGACAUCAUUGAGAACCCCAACUCGAUUGAGUGGGUUGGCAAGGGCAAGAAUGCCCGACAGGUUCUUCAACCUGCGGAUGUGCGUAUUCCUCACCCGCAGUUGGUCAAGCUGGAGCUUGACCGCAAGGCCUUCCCCAACGAGCGUCGCACUGUGGCACAGCGUCACGCCGAGCGUCUCGAGAAGCAGGAGGCCGCCGAGAAGCAGCGCCGUGAGCUUGCCCAGGCUCGUCGUGAGAAGAGCAUUCAGCACGUCGAGCCCGAGCGUAGCCGAUUCGAAUAUCGCAUCCAGGAUGCCAAGUUCACCAAGGAGACCGUUGGCGUGGAUGGCCGUGCUCCCUGGGCUCCUGGCCGCCGGUACGGUAUUCCGGCUGAAGACCGCAAGCGCGGCAUGGUCAAGAUUCCUACUCGCGUUGAGGCUUAA